UAAUAGGGGUCCACCCAAGAUGUCAAAGCGAAACGUUGGCAGACAUCAUCCAUGUCUGUGGAAGCCAUGGAUGAAGAGACAGGGUAUGAAGUCUAACUAACUACCCAGGGGGGUUUUCGUCGCGGAGUAUCUAUUAUGUCGUCCUCCCGUGCGAAGUGAUAUGGCCAUUAUUCGACACACAUCCGCAUUGCAUCUCACGCCGUGUAUUCGAGGACCAAGAUCCCCGUCUCCAAAGCAGCUCUCGAAUAAACUCUACAUUUACUUGCAUCUUCGUCAUUUCGAUCGAGAUGUCCUAUCAGCAGGCAGCAGCAGCUGUGCUACUUUUACUCGAGAUUAGCGUCGUCAGUACAUUGGGCAUUGCAGUCUAUCGGCUCUUCUUACAUCCUCUUCGCAAGAUUUCGGGACCGAAGCACCUUGCAGUUUCUGGAAUCCCGUAUAUCGUUGAGAACAAUCUAUUGGGUAUUUUCGCCAAAAAGGUCCUGAAGCACCAUGAAAAGUACGGUGACAUAGUCCGUACUGGGCCUAACUCGAUAUCCGUCGACGGAACUAUUGGAUGGCCUGAGGUCUAUGGACACAGUCGUGGCGGUCGACCCGAAUUUCCUAAAUGGAAGCCCUUCUUCGAGCUCGGAGACGCGUCUUAUACUUCAAUCUUCACGGCCAAUAGAGAGGACCACCGACGUGAACGCCGUAUCGUGGCACAUGCAUUCUCGGAUGCUGCAAUUAAGGGACAGGAGGCGCUAAUCAUGCAGUACAUUGACAAGCUCUUUGAUCAUUUCCGGAAACACGCCGAGCAACGUAUACCAACCGACGUUGUCAAAUGGUACAACUUUACGACUUUCGACAUCAUUGGAGACCUGGCCUUGGGGGAGUCGUUUCACUGCCUAGACCAGAGCGAUUAUCAUCCGUGGGUCACGAUGAUCUUCGCUGGCAUCAGAGCCAGUUCUCAAAUGCAAGCAUUGAUGAAGUUGCCGUACCUGAGUUGGAUCGUAAAGCUGCUGAUCUCCAGGGAGGACAUGCAAAAGCGACUUGAUAACAGGCAAAUGAGUCACGACAAAGUAGAGCGAAGGCUAGCACUUGGCCCAGCACCCAACGAUCGGAAAGACUUCAUGACGUACAUUCUUCGUCACAACGACGAGAAGGGCAUGAGUCAUGCAGAGAUCUUGGGCAACUCCGAAGGCUUCAUUGUGGCUGGCAGCGAGACUACAGCUACUACACUUUCGGGCUGUACCUACUACCUGUCGACAAACCCGGUGGCUCUUGAGAGGCUUCAACAAGAGGUUCGGGCGGCCUUCCCUACUGAGAGGGAUAUAACGAUGCUGUCCACUGCGCAACUCAAAUACCUGCACGCAUGCAUUGAGGAGACUUUGCGAAUUUAUCCGGCCGCUGUGGAGACGCCUCCACGUGUGUCUCCGGGUGAAUACGUAAACGGUCAAUAUAUUCCCAAAGGCACUAUCGUCACAAUCUUUCAGUGGGCCACCCACCACAACCCCAACAAUUUUGUCCAGCCCGACUCCUUCAUCCCAGAGCGCUGGCUCGGUCCUGACCAUCCUCACCAUGACCCGCAGUUCAACGCCGACAAGAAAGCAGCACUCCAGCCCUUCUCUUUUGGUCCACGGAACUGCGUCGGCAAGAAUUUGGCCUACAACGAGAUGAAGGUCAUUCUUGCUCGUCUCGUGUGGAACUUCAACUUUGUGUUACAGCCCAAAAGUCACGGCUGGCCGGAUGAACAGAGGGCGUUCAUCGUUUGGGAGAAGGGGCCGUUGUGGGUUCAGCUGAAGCAGGUGGAGAGAGGCUAAGGGCGUGUGUUUGGGGUUGCUCGGGAUGUGGUAUAUUUGUUGUUGGGUGUCGAUAAGUUAUCUUUUGUUAGUAGUGCGACGUCUUAUUCGAUGGUGUGGUUGCUUUUGGGCUGAACCUCCUGUGCGAGAUGCGCCAAGCUUGUAUUCCACUCCUCAGGUUCUGUAGUAGAAAGCAAAUGUACAGAUUUUAGACUGCUACUUUCAUUCUUGACAUGGAU